AUGCCGACGUGGGGUGGCAGGUUUCCACAUGACCAGGGCAAAAGGCAACUUGGCUAUCAGGAUCCCGUCGUGACCCCUACAGUCUCUUCAUUCAAAUUCUCCACCACGGCAAUGACUGAAUCGACCACGCCCAAGACGCACGCAACGAAAUCCAAGCAGCCUAAGCCGACCCAUACUCACAAAGCUUCGAAGCAUGCAUCCACCAAGACUGGAAGCUACACUCUUAUAGGUUCCUUCGGCGAGGCUGGAACAAGCGUCCCGCCAUUCUUGGGAACCAAUCCCACAAAUCCACUCGGCUCUUGCUACCUUGGAACAGCCUAUGGCUGCACAUCCGGCGGUACAGGCCGUCUCAGCCCGACCAUCAAGUCGCCACCUCCUAUCUAUCCGAACACAACGUCAACCAGCAUUUCUUCAGCGAAUCUCAGAACGACAACUCAAUCAUCCCUCUCAACCCCCUCCAGCUCAACAGCAUCGAGCCCGAAGACCGAGCUUCCACAUGGGCCCCCACCUCACGGACCUCCCCCCCAUGGACCACCUGGUGGACCACCAGCCUCUCCCGCUUCCUCUCUCAGCGCCCUCGAGGCUGGUGCCGUGGCGUCUCCCACUACAUCCGGCGCUGGCAUUGUCACCUACCAGAAUCUCGUCGGUUACCCAAUCGAAUCUGGCGCAGUCCCUCCCUCCAGCACAGUAUUCGCCGGCGGCCCUCCUCCAGGCCCUCCUCCAGGUCCUCCCGCCGGGCCUCCCUUUUGUCCACCACCCGUCACCAUCACAUCCACAAGUACGGCUACCGUGACAGUUACGGAACCAGCCCCCACGGCUCCCCUGACUACGCCGAGCACGAUUCAACUGUCGACGGCGCCGUUCGGGCUGGGGAACGGCACCGCUUUCCACGGGCCCACGGGUGGAACGGGCACGGGGAUGCACAUGGUGACCAUCCGCACAACCAUCUCUGCCAAAAGUUCGGCCAAGAGCUCCGGCAACAUCUCUUCUCAACCUUCGACGCUGACCUCCGCCACGACGUCCGGCAUAGCUGCUGGCAAGGCUUCUGACAAGUCCUCGACCUCUGCCACAAGAUCUGCCACAGCUGUUGCCCUCUCGGCAUACACUUAG